GAUUUAUCAAGAAAGAUGUCUGCAGAAAUUGCAGAUUCGUUCUCUUCAUUCUCUGGCAGGGAUUGGAUGGAAAUGUCUGAUUGGAUCAAUGGGGGAUUUUUCUCUUGGAUUGUACAACCUUCAGCUUCUCUUCUUUCUGUUAUUCAGUCUGUUUCAAACAUCUUUUGUAAGGACUGUGCAGCUGAUUCUUGUCCUUUAACUUAUGUAAUGCAUGCUAUGGCUUGUGAAAGGCUUGUGGAUUUGAAUAGUCGUAUAAAGUCUUUUGAAUAUUUGAUUGAAAAUGGUGACAAUCUGGUGCAAGUUGCGGAGAUCUCUUCUUUGAGGCAGGAGGCAGCAGGACUCACGGGAUUUAUGAUGGAGCACCUCUCAUUAGUGUCUGAAGAUCAACAGCGAAUAUUCGUUUCUGCUGAUACGACUAAUAAUAAGAUGGUUAACUAUGAAAGUGAUGAAUGGGAUUUCAGUAUUUGUUCUGUGAACAAGAAGUCAUUGCCAACUGCACUUUGGUGGGUUGUUUGCCAAAAUAUUCAUGCAUGGUGCCCUCGUGCCUCUAAAAAGGAUUUGAAGAGAUUCCUUUCUCUUUUAAUCCAAACUUCAAUUCCCUAUGUAAGAAACAGCUUUGGGGUGGUUAUAGAACACAAGAACCAUGAAGCUGACAGGCCGAAGAAUGUGGCAUUGGAUCAAAUCUCAUACAGUGCUUUAUUGAUUCCAGUCUGUAUGAGCAAAGAUUUGUCCGCAGGUAUUUUGCAAAGAGGUUCUGCAGUGCAUUGGAGAAAUCUACAUUACCAUUCAGCAGCGACUUUCCAUCCGGCAAUGUUAAAUUCAAAUCAUCACCUAAUUGGCCAAAUGUCUUAAGUGAUUUAGAGAACUCAUCAUUGGCUAUUUCCUGCAAGAAACUCAAUGUAUCUGAUUGUUCCUCAGCCUCAAGUUGCAAGGGACAAAACUCCCAACCAUCUACCAUCAUGAAAUUUACAGCUUGUCAGAGUUUGCUUAAUCUUUUGAGUUGUAUGCCAAAAGGUCAUUUGGACAGAAGAUCAUUUUCACGUUAUGUGACUUCUAUUCUCAACCUCGAGAGGAUUGUUGUUGGCGGCUUAUUAGAUUAUCAGAAUGCUUCAUGCUCAACUUAUUAUUAUGAGCUCUUCAGAUUGUUUGUGUCCUGUCGGAAGGCCUUAAGAUGUAUAAUUACUGCUUGU